AUGUUAAUUGCUGGGUACAAGAUUGCACAUCAGCCUAGCAUAUAUGUCCUAGACAUUCCAGGUGUAUUGGUUCCAAGUAUCCCUGACAUAGAGACAGAACUGAAGCUGGUUCUUGCAGGUUUAAAUACUCAAGGGACUCCCCUUCAUUGGAAGCACUUGAACAACAAGAGACUGGAAGGGAUUCAAUAUGAUUCUAAGGAAAAACAUGAGUAUGAUCUUAAAGAUCUUCAGCCAAAGAGAAGGAAGCUGCCAAAUGAUUCUGAUAUGCUUUGCAUUGAGCUACUGGAGCUUGUGGAGUUGAAGCUGAAGGAAGUGAUUUCAAGGGAACCUACUCUACUUGUUUUGGUGGUUCAUGUUCCUAACAUUGGCAAGUCAUCUUUAAUCAAUGCAAUCCAUCAAAUUGUGUCAUUUUGCUUUCCUGGAGAAGAUGAAGCUACACUUAGCCCAUUGCCUGGUGUUACUCAAGAUAUUGUUGGAUACAAGAUUGUGCAUCAACCUAGCAUAUAUGUCCUAAACACUCUGGGUGUAUUGGUUCCAAGUAUCCCUGACAUUGAGACAGGACUGUGA